GCCGGAACCGAUUGGUAAAUUCAGACCAACGCCAUUUGGCAACACUGGCGCUGCAUUAGCGGCAAAAAAAAUUAAUUUUUUGCCAUUUACGUUGGCGUAAAGUUCUGUCGCACAACAAUUAUAAAGCUCGACCAGCUGGGUUGCACAAGAGCGGCGGAGGCGGCGGCAGAGAGAGAGCGAGGGAAGAGUGAAAAACAAACCAAAAGACACGGCAAAUCAGUCUAGUCAACAAAAGCAGACCAAAUGAGCACGCACUUCGGGACUAACGAGCAGCACAAACUAAGCCAAAAAUAAAGCUAAAGAUAAAAGAGAGGCAGAAGACAUCGCUACACACACUCACACACACACGCACACACUAGCACAACCCAUUACACUGAGCGAAAUCGCAUCGGAAAUCGGCUUCAAGAUGCGGGUGGUGGCCAUGGUCAGUGGCGGCAAGGACAGCUGCUACAACAUGAUGCAGUGCGUCGCCGAGGGUCACGAAAUCGUCGCCCUGGCCAAUCUGCAUCCCAAGGACAGAGACGAACUGGACAGCUUCAUGUACCAGACGGUCGGCCACAUGGGCAUCGAGAUUCUGGCCAGCGCCAUGGGAUUGCCACUGUACCGGCGCGAAACCAAGGGCAAGAGCACCCAAACCGGCAAGCAGUACGUGCCCACCGAUGACGACGAGGUCGAGGAUCUAUACAGUCUGCUGGAGACAUGCAAGCACGAACUGCAGGUGGAUGCGGUGGCCGUGGGCGCCAUCCUGUCGGAUUACCAACGCGUGCGUGUGGAGAACGUGUGCAGCCGCCUGAACCUGAUAUCCCUGGCCUAUUUGUGGAGGAGAGAUCAGACUGAAUUGCUGCAGGAGAUGAUCGACUGCCAGGUGCACGCCAUCAUCAUCAAGGUGGCUGCCCUGGGCCUCGUGCCGGAUCGACAUCUGGGCAAGUCGCUGCGCGAGAUGCAGCCGCAUCUGCUGAAGAUGCGCGACAAGUACGGACUGAAUGUGUGCGGCGAGGGUGGCGAGUAUGAGACAUUCACCUUGGACUGCCCGCUCUUCCGGCAGCGCAUCGUUGUCGAGGACAUCCAGACGAUCAUCAGCAGUGCCGAUCCCAUCUGCCCGGUGGGCUACAUCAAUUUCACCAAACUGACGCUGCAGCCAAAGGAGGCGGCGGGCGCGGCCAGCAGUGGCGGCAAUGAGGUGGUGUUCGUGAAGCGUUCACUCGACUAUAUAAGCGAUCUGAACGAAUCGACGUACAGCGACCUCAGCGAUCCGGACUUCAGUGAAACGGAACUGGAGCUGAUUGAAAAGGAGACGAGGCUGCGCGAAUCGCUUAGCCAAAGUGAGCUGAUAUCGCGCAGUAACUCAUUUGGCCGCCAUCUGGCCGCCACCGCCUCCUCGCCGAUACCCAUUGUCACGAAGAGCGCCAGCGUCGACGAGCCCACAGCGGCGGCGGCGCCGAUACUGGGCGGAGUUGGAGGACCGCCAAUCUGUUCCACCUCAGCCUGUGCGUCCAUGCUGCUGGCCACCACCGCCGACGGCCUGAGCAGCCUGGCCAGCUCACAGAGCCAGGGCGGUGGCCAUGGGCUCGGCAGCAGCACGGCCGCCGUGUGCGGCUCGCUGUCGCUGGCCAUCUCCUCGCUUGGGCUCAGCGCCAAUACCUGCUGUCAUCCGGGCGGAGCUGGUGGAGGAAUUGGAAUAGGAGUAGGAGUAGGAGCAGGAUCAGGAGCACCUUUGGCCACCACACAACCGCCCAGUCCGCUGAAGUACGAGCGGGAAUUCCGUCCACUGGUCAACGAGGCCAGAGCGGCCAUCAAUGCCAAGGGCUGGAUGUGGCUGGCGGGCAUACAGGGCUCCGGAACGGAGGGCAUUGAGCAGGGCAUGCAGCAGGCAUUGGACACGCUGCGCGAUAUGUGCCAGGCCAAGGGCUACGAUCUGCAGGAUCUGUGCUAUGUCACGCUCUAUGUCCGCUCCAUCGGCGAGUAUCCAGCGCUAAAUCGUGUCUACCAUCGCGCCUUCGACUUUCAUAAUCCGCCAACGCGCGUCUGCGUUGAGUGUCCGCUGCCCGAUGGCUGCCAUGUGGUAAUGGAGGCCAUUGCCUACCGCCAACCGGUGGCCGGAACGAUAUCCAGUGCCGAGGAGCGUGAUCGCGAGGGCGAGGAGACUGCAGCGGCGCUGCUCAACGGGCGCCGCAAUACGAUGCAUGUGCAGGGCAUCUCGCACUGGGCGCCGGCCAACAUUGGACCAUAUAGCCAGUCCACCAGGAUUGGCGACAUUACGUACAUCUCCGGCCAGAUCGCCCUGGUGCCCGGCAGCAUGACAAUCAUCGAGGGCGGCAUCCGUCCGCAGUGCAAGCUCACGUUGCGCCACAUCAGCCGCAUUGCCAAGGCGAUGAACGCCCACGGCCAGCUGCGCGAUGUGGUGCACGGCAUCUGCUUUGUGACCCAUCCAGCCUUCAUUGGCGAGGCGCGUCGCCAGUGGGAGCGUCGCACCACCAAUGCCAUCAUGGACUAUAUAGUGCUGCCGGCACUGCCGCGUGAGGCACUGGUGGAAUGGCAGGUGUGGGCGCACACCCACAACGAUCGUUUCGACUAUGAGGAGACUGGCUGUUCGGUGGGCGAUUAUACCAUCUCGAUACGUCGUCGCUGGAACUACGAGAACAAUUGCGCGGCCAUCGUUUGCUAUGUGUCCACUGGCCUGGCCUCGUCCACCACCCAACUGACGCAGCUGAGCGACGACAUACUGGGCAAUCACUGCCGUCUUGCACAAUCGGUUACUGCCGAACAUCUGGACGAAAUCUUCACGUAUGUGGUUAAUCGUCUGCUGAAAGACUAUCCGCUGGCCAAGAAGCAGGCGCAGCAACCGACGAAUUCGGGAACUCCACCGGCCACACCCACGCAACCGGGCGGUGCUGGCGGAGAUCAGCACCAGCCAGUGCCGGCGAUUCACCUGAAAUUGUUCUACCAAGUUAAUGCCGCACCGGCAACGGAUCUGCUGCUUCAGGCGCUGCACGAUUUCCGUCUCAAGUGCCAGGAUACGGCCGCCAUUGUCUACACAGUGCUGCCCGCCUGCAGCCUGCACAACUUCAGUACGUUCCUGUCCAUUUGCGGAGUGAGGCACGAGUAGGAGCCCCAGAAAGCCGCAGAAAGUUGAAGGAUGUUGAUGAGAAGGAUGAUAUGGAGGAAAAUGAUGAAACAAUUUGCUGCCACCGCACCAAGCAGAACACAGAAUAUAUAUAUACACCACUAUAUAUACGCAGAUAUAUGCUGAAAAUGGGUCUUUAUUUGGUUUGACAAAGAAUCGCAUUGGCAGAGGGUAAUCUUUGGAUAAUUCCAAGCCAGUUGGCCUUUCAUAUGAUAUGGGUCACAAAAUACUACAUUUCUUUCGAAAAGCUUCCAUGUUCCAUUUACAUUUCGACCUUUUAAGUAAACACAAAUGAGAGCGCCACAAUUUGUCCGUUGUAAAUAAUUAAGGCCAACUGCCAAGUAUUGUCCACAGAUAACUCGAUUGUUCCAAACUUUUUCAGUAACAUCUGCUUGCCCUUUGUUAAUAUUGUUAACUAGCCGGCGAUUCUAAGAUCGUAAAGAUAUGCCGUAGAGCCAACAUGCUGUAUCCAUAGAAUAAAUCACUUCGUGUCGCA